AUGGUUCUGCCGAUAACCUGGGAGUUCAGAAAUGGUGUUAUGUUGAAAGAUGUGCGAGGUGCUGUAGUUAUGUCUAAUCAUCAAUCGAUUUUGGAUAUUGGAACUCAGGCCACAAUCCUUUCGUACGGAACUAUGUUGCUUCCGAUAACCUGGGAGUUGAGAAAUGGGGACAUCCUUAGGGACGCCAAAGGGGCAAUCGUUAUGGUUAACCAUCAAUCGUUUCUGGAUAUACUGGGCCUGUUCGUGAUAUGGAACACCCUGAAGGAUCUGCUGACGAUCGCCAAGCGUGAAAUCCUCUAUCUGGUUCCGUUUGGUCCGGCGGCUUGGCUGGCUGGGGUGGUCUUCAUCAAUCGUAAGAAUCCGGCCUCGGCGAUCGCCACCAUGAACAGCUGCAAGAAGCGCAUGAUCGAGGAGGGCUUCAAGAUGUACAUGUAUCCGGAGGGCACCCGACAUCCUGGCCGGGGAAUGCUCCCGUUUAAGAAGGGUGGCUUCCACACGGCCAUCGAAACGGGACUGCCCGUAAUUCCGAUCGUCUACUCGCCGAUGUACUUCAUCGACGAUAAGAAGCGCAUGUUCAAGCCGGGUCACGUGAUCGCAACGGUGCUAGAUCCGAUACCGACCAAGGGACUGACGAAGGACGAUGUAGACGAUCUGGUGGAGCGGACGAGAAACGCUAUGCUGGCGGAGUAUGAGAAACUCUGCGCGGAAAUCGAUACCAAUCUGAAAAAUCCCGCAUGGGUGAAUCAGAAACGUCCCCGGUUGAAGAUCGUUGAUAGUAAAAAGACGUAUUAAGAGAUUAAAUUGGUUGGAGUUUUAUUCUCAAAGGAAUCGAAAUCCUUCUA